AUGCAUAAUGGUGGUGCAAUUGAUGCUUCUACAGGAGAAGCAAAGAAACCAGAGAUUAUAACAUUUUAUAACCUUACAAAGGGCACAGUUGAUGUAGUCGAUGAAAUGUCAGCUAUAUAUUCUACUGCCAGGAUAAGUGAAAGAUGGCCUAUGGUCAUAUUUUUCAGUAUGCUGAAUAUUGCUACUGUAAAUUCUUGUAUCAUAUUACUGCCAUCAAAUACGCCACAAGUUCAGUAUAAGAAAAGAAGUUUAUUCAUAAAAUAUCUUUCUUUAGACUUAUUGAAGGACCACCUUCAAGAAAGAAGUAUGCAGGCUACUCUUCCCGUCAAUUGCGUGACCAAUUGA